AUGCGCUCCAGCAUCGCCUGCUCCCGCUGCCGCCGGAGCAAGAUAAAGUGCGUCAAUGCCGGCAUCGAUACCACCUGUCGAGCCUGCGAGUCCUCCGGGAGAGACUGCUCCUAUCCAACUCCAGCAGCCGCCGGUGGCUGUCACCCGGCCGGUGUCAAACGGGAUAUCACAGCCUCGUCCGGAGUCGACGAUGAACGCGGCAACGCCAACGCCAACGCCAACGGUAACGGCAACGGUAAUGGCCAUGGCCAUGGCGAAUGGGAUAACCCUAAGCGGCAGCGCAACAGGAAGCAUGCCAACUCUUCCAUCUCAUCCAAGGAGGCCAUGGUGAAGCAGAAUUACAUGCUCGCCCUUGACUCCGUCAUCCUCACUCCCAAAGUAUGGGAGACCCUAUUCGACCUCUUCCAACAGCACUUUGCGACCAUAUUGCCCUUCUUGCACCCGGCUACCUCGCUGGCUCAGAUCCGUCACCUCACAGGCGCUUCCUAUGCUUCUACCACCACCCCUGCUUCUUCUACUACCACCACUGUCGACGGACAGCCGGCUGCUGUCGACAAGUCACAGAGCCCGGCACCGAGGUCAGAGGUGUCUCCGCUGAUUCUGCUGGGCGUCUUGACCCUGACUGCCAGGUUUCAUCCACAGCUAGCUCAGCACCACUCGCCUUCUUCUCCGGUCAGCCCAUGCAACCCAACCAUGGCCUCGGAGUUCUACGCCAAUGUCUUGCGGGCACGACUGGCGGGGACUGACGGUGCCGAUAUCACCAUCACAGACCUCAGCCGAGUCCAGGCUCUGCUCAUGCUAACCUUGCAUGAAUGGGGGAUGUGCCGUGGCAAGAAUGCAUGGAUCUAUCUGGGAAUGGCUGUCAGGAUAUCUCAGGCUAUGGGGCUGUCCUUUGAGCCUGCCGAAGAGGAGACAGCAUACUACUCUUACUCGUCCCGUCGACCAUCUAUGCAUGCGGAAAUCGACCAGCAGAAUCAGCAAAAGGAACAGCUCAAUUCGGACGAGCUCAUCGAUCAGGAGACCAAGAGACGGACAUUCUGGAGCUGUUUCAUCCUCGAUAGAUGUCUGAGCAACGGCAGAUUACGCCCGCGUAUGCUCAGAGUGCGCGAAAUUGGAAUUCAACUGCCCAGCGAGAACGCGUUUGCCUUUGGUGAGCGAGUAAAGACGUCCUUGCUUAGUGACGGAAACGGUGGGAGGAACGGGACCAGUCGACGCUCGCAGAGCUUUGAUUCCCGCGGUGGGACGGCCACCACCACUAAUGGAGUACAGAUACCCAGCUUGAGGCAGUCCAUCGGAUACGGCGAGGAUGUAAAACUGCGAAACGGCGGCGAGUCCAAACAGUGGCCACCGCUUCCUAGCCACAGAAGCGACGGACUUGGAGACAGGAUUGAUCGGUGGGAGGUCGGUGUGGAGGAGUGUGUAUUGGGCCGACUAGUUCGAAUCAUUCGAAUUUGGGGAAGCGUUGCGAAAUGGGCUUGUGACGGCGGCAGAAGAUCUGACCAGUGCCCACCAUGGCACCACGAGUCCCGGUUCAACCAGCUCAGGGACCAGUUGCUGGAAUUCCAAGAAGGCCUCUACAGGAAUCUACAGUACAGCACUCGCAAUACUGAUACCCACAUAAUGUACAAAAAUACACUGGCCCCAUACGCUCUCAUGCACAUAAUCUAUUUCCUUUCAGUCAUUGUCCUACAUCGCGCAUACCUGCCUUUCCUCCCACUCCGACCCAUGGAUCCACAGGGGCCCCUGGACGAGCCCUCGUAUCCGCCCGAGAGGUACAGCGUGCCCGACAGCUUCUGGAAAGACAGUGCACGCGAACUAUUUCGCGCAGCAAGACAGAUGGUGGAACUUGUUCGCACCUGUCAUGAACGUGGUGUGCUCAUGGAGACACCCCUGGUGGGCUUUGCAAUUUACAACGCUGCUUUCAUAGGCGUAUAUGCAGCUCAUUUCAACCACAUGGAUCAGGAGGGCUAUCUAUGUCUAAAGCCAAACUCCCACGAUGCCGUUGCUUCCUCUCCAGGUGGUACAGCAAUGUCCAUGGGAGCGGGAAGUCAGGGCCAGGCUGAUGUGCGGAAAGCCAUUGAGAUUCUCGGUGAGAUGAGGCCUCGGCUGAAAAUGGCAGUCGGCUGGUUCCGAACUGUCCAUCGGUUACAUGGCUAUUUCUGCAAGGUCAAGAGAGACCAGAAGCAGCGUUCCUGGCGGAAGCUGGACAUGAACAGUGCGGAUAACCACUACCAUAACAACAGAGCCAACGCCCACCACAACCGCUGCUCUUCUUCCUCGCUGAUUGCUCUGAGUAAUCUAUAUGAGGAACUCAAGCAGCUGGACAAAGUGCUCAUGGAGCUAGGUAGCACUGAGGACCAAACGCCCGAAAUGAACGGGUCGGAUGACGAUGUGGCUGCGAUGUUAUCUGCGAAUCUGGUGGAGCAUAGUGAGACGGCGAGCAACAUUGUGAAAAGCGAACCGGGUGACGGCCCAGACGCUCCCCAUGGCAGCGAGGCGAACAAUCAUAGCCACGUUGUUAAUGGUGGGCUGCAGCGAGAGUCAUGGGUACCCGUUAACAACAGCAGCAGCAGCAACAACCCUGUUCACUCACUCGUCACACCUCACUCCCUUGCUCCGAUAACAACUGCGAUGACAUCGAGCACAAUGACCGCGACUACCUCUGGACCGGCAGCUGCGAUGAUCAUGAUGGCCAACGGGUGCAAGGAGAACGGCGACAAAUCGGCCGAUUGCGAUCGAUGGCCGAUUCUCCCUGCUCCGCAACAGCAUCAUCCCUCUACCAACGCCCCAUCUACAGCUCCAUCAUACAGCCUCCCCCCCUUCCAAAGCACCUAUCGCGACACAUCCUCAUCGGGGCUUCCUGCAUCUCCACCGAGCUCGGCCGGUACGACUCUUCCGCCUCCAAUCCCUUCCACGACUGGGCACGCAACCGCACCCUUAACAGCAACUACAACCGCUGCAUCUUCACCGUACUUCCCUGCGACUCCUUCACCGUCGAACUCAAACUCAAACCACCGCUUACAAGCUGUACAACCCUGGCCAACAUCCCGACAGCCUCCUCCUCCGCCAUAUUCCCAGUCACUCCCUUCGCUCAAUCUGGCCGCCCAGCAGAGCUUCCCCCUACCUCCUCUCCAGCCGAGUCUAACCCACUGCGGCCAAGCACACGGACAUGGACAUGGACAUGGCCAGGGUCAUGGGCUUGGGCACGGUCAUGUACAUGGCUCAAGCAACAGGACCCCUCCCCUCGCGCAAUCAAGACUGGAUCUAGGCUCGUUCCUGGCGCCGCCGCUUUCCCAGCAACAGUACCCCCAGCAGCAGCAGCAGCAGCAGCAACAUCAACAUCAACAGCAACAGCAACAACCAUCAUCUAGACAUGUCUCGCCAUACAUGUCUUAUGAUGGAGCCAAUGCCAAUCCUCUAUGGCUGAGCAGUUUAAGUGGAGAAGACGUGCUCGCCUUUGUCGAGGCAGACAGCUUUGAUAAGUGGUCUACGACUAUACCUACGUCAAACGGCCCGCCUUCUCCAGCUUCGUUGUCUAACAUGAACGGCCACUAUCAAACCAACGGCAACGGCAACAGCAACGGCUGUGGCAGUGCCAACGGAUGGCUAGGUCUAAUCUGGAACGAAUAUACCCAUUAA